AUGCGCUCUUGGUUGGCUGUGCUGAGUAUUCUAUGUAUCGCCUCUCCUGGAAUAUCCGUGAAAUGCGAUGAACGUGAUGCCUCCGAAAGUCCAGGAUACAAGUUGGCAUCAGAAAUGCUCACAAAGAACAUGAAUUUCUCGGUCGAUCCAUGCGAGGAUUUUUUCGAGUUCACUUGUGGCAAAUGGAUCGCCGCUCAUCCGAUUCCUGAUGAUAGGAAUGGUAUACACGAUUGGAUGUAG